AUGCAACCAACCGACCAAACCAAGACAAAGGCCAAGACAGCCGCUGCCAAAGCCAAAGCCGCUGAAAGCGAGCACGCCCGUCUGCAGAAUGACUACGGCGCAGACUACUGGGUCCGCAAUGGCCAAGAGCAUCGACGUGCUACUGGUGGACGAGGCCUCUUCGCCGGUCUACAAGACGUGAAGCACUACAACGUCGACCAUGGCUGGGCUCGUCGCAAGUCUGAGACUGAGCAGCCUGGGAUUCUGGGGUCUAUUUGGAGUCGGAUCACUGGACUUUGA